AUGUUCGGGGCUAUCAAGACCAGCAGCGCCGCUGCUCGCCGCGCGGCCCUACAGUCCAGCCGUUCCAUGUCUACUGCACAGGGUCCAGCUCGCAUCCAAAGCUCCAUCAUCCAGCAGACCCGUCAGCCGUCGCUGCGACAUGGCCUGCUCAUGAACAGCGCCCGCAGCACCCUGGGCUCUACCAUGACCCGCAGUGCCAUGCAGUCCCGAGGUGUUGUUGCUGAGACCACAGCCGCCGCUCUCCUCGCGGCCGCCAAGAUGCAAGGUGCUGGCCUCGCCACCGUCGGCCUCGCUGGUGCUGGAGUCGGUAUCGGCACGGUCUUUGGCUCCUUGAUCCAGGGUGUUGCUCGUAACCCGUCCAUGAGAGGCCAGCUCUUCUCCUACGCCGUCCUCGGCUUCGCCUUUGCCGAAGCCACCGGCCUCUUCGCACUGAUGGUGGCUUUCCUCCUCCUGUACGCAUACUAG